AUGUCUUUCAAAGGUAAGAUCUUGUUUCUCCACGGAUACACCCAGACUUCGUCCAUUUUCUAUGCGAAAACCUCGGCGUUAAGAAAGAAGCUCACUAAACUUAACUACAAAUGUGUCUAUCUCAAUGGCCCACUCAAGUUGACUCCAGCUGACUUGCCAUCUUCAGAUGAACUCUCCAAAUUUUCCACUGUAGUCUCUAGUGAAGAGGAAACAAACUACAGAGCUUGGUGGGUAAAACCUCACAAAGGAAACGACGGUAUUCUGUUGGAAGAAGCUUUUGACUCGAUUAGAAAUUAUAUCAAGAAAGGUGAAAUCAUCCCUGAUGAAGAUAUGAAAGAACAACCCGAAGAAACCGAGGAAGAAGCUAAAUUACCAGUAGUUGGUAUAGUUGGAUUCUCACAAGGAGCAGCGUUGGGCGGAAUAAUAGCCCAUAAAUUUAAGGAGCUUUUUGAUGCACCCUCUCCCAAAUUCUUCAUCUUGUAUUCUGGAUUUAAGCUUGAUACUUCAAAGAAAUCUGGAAAUAGCCGUUAUCAGCUGCACUAUCCAGAUCUGGAAGAGUCGAUCAGCUUCAAGUUUUUGCAUGUCUAUGGAGAAUUGGACACCGUGGUUGACGAAACUAGAGCAUUGUCUUUGUAUGAAGUUACCAAGACGAAGUCAGAUCUCUUAAAACACCCAGGUGGACAUUUCGUUCCCAACUCCAAACUCUUUGUAGAACAGGUUACCAAUUGGAUUCAAAUAGCCGAAAAAGAGGAGGAGCAGGGAAAGGAGCCAGAGGUAAAAGAUGAAGAUGAUAUAGACUCUCUAUUGGACAUGAUGGAUAGCAUUGGAAAGGCAUAA